GAGGGGAGUGAGCCAGACCGGAUCCUUCAUGAGGGAAGAGGCCAGGGACAGCCAGCCAGCCCCGGCUCCUCUUCUCUUCUCUUCACUGUACUGCAAGCCCGGGAGCCCGAGCAGGGCGCUGCGUUAGUGCUCGGAGGAUGUCCCGCCAUGAAGGUGUGAGCUGUGACGCGUGUUUGAAAGGAAACUUCAGAGGCCGACGAUACAAAUGUUUAAUCUGCUACGACUACGAUCUGUGCGCAUCGUGCUACGAGAGCGGUGCCACCACAACCAGACACACAACAGAGCACCCCAUGCAGUGUAUAUUAACCCGAGUCGACUUUGACCUGUACUAUGGAGGAGAGGCCUUCUCGGUGGAGCAGCCGCAGGCCUUCACGUGUCCGUACUGCGGCAGGAUGGGCUACACGGAGAUGUCUUUGCAGGAGCAUGUGGCUGCAGAGCACACAGAGACCUCCACAGAAGUGAUCUGCCCCAUAUGCGCAGCGCUGCCAGGUGGCGACCCCAACCACGUGACGGAUGACUUCGCUGCUCAUCUCACACUUGAACACAGAGCGCCCAGAGACCUGGACGAGUCCAGCGGCGUGCGGCACGUGCGGAGGAUGUUCCACCCAGGUCGCGGGCUGGGCGGCCCGCGAGCCCGCAGGUCUAACAUGCAUUUCACCAGCAGCACCACCGGGGGGCUCUCCACCAGCCAGAGCUCCUCACAGAGCUCCAACUACAGCAGGGAGGCCAUGGACCCCAUCGCAGAGCUCCUCUCCCAGCUAUCGGGGGUGCGGCGCUCGGCGGGGGGGCAGCUCAGCUCGGGCCCGUCGGCCUCCCAGCUCCAGCAGCUCCAGAUGCAGCUGCAGCUGGAGCGCCAGCAAGCGCAGGCGGCGCGCCAGCAGCUGGAGACGGCCCGGAACGCCACCCGGGGCGGCAGCCGCGCCAACGCCAUCCUCAACACCAACUCGGCCGCCGCGAACCCCAACAACCCCGGCGCCAACCACAACACCAACCCCAGCCCCAACCCGGGCCCCCCCGAGCCCAACACGCAGCAUCACGCACACAGCUCCCAGUUCCUGCUCAGCAGGCUGAGCGAGCCGCGCCUGUCGGAGGCGGAGCGGCAGGCGUGCGAGGCGCAGUGGGCCGACCGGAGCCUGUUCGUGACGGAGCUGCUGCUGUCCACGCUGCUGCCCGACGAGGACGCCUCCGCCUCGUCCUCCGAAGACGAGGACGACUGCCACGGCCCGCUGAGGAACUUCGCCGACUUCCAGGCCAUGGGCUGCGUGGAGGUCAUGACCCUGGACGUGGCGCUGGAGAACCUCAACCUGAAGGAGACGGCCCCGGCCGCCAAGACGACGAAAACCACGGCGAAAACGGCGCCGACGAAGAAAGAGCCCCCGGCGCCGCCCCUUUGAUGACAUGGCCACUCCCUCCCCUUUAAAAACACCAUUGAAACUGGCCGACCGCCCCGUCGGUCCAACUGCCAAUGGAUCACAAAAGAGACUGCAGUUUUUUUUUUUGUUUUGUUUUUUUGUUUUCUUUUUUGGCUUUUUUUGUUUUUUGUUUUUCCCCCCCCCCCCUCAGUGAUUGUCAUUUCAGCUCUGUCGCUCCGAAAUCCACCCCAUGUUUUACGUUGUGUACAUUGAAUAAAAGUAGUGAGACGAGAGAAUGUGAAAUCAAGCAGAAGCGUGGUGGGUGAGUGCGAGAAAAGCAAAAAAAAAAAAAAAACAAGAAAAAAACAGACUAUAUAAAUAUAUUAUAGAAAAAUUUAUAUGAAAGUCGAUAAUCAGCUCCACAUAACCCGUGUUUCCUCUAGCAGAAGUGCAAAGCGUAGUUAGCCGUUUUGAAGAGGCGAAGUCGUCACACACUCACCGAGGGAGAGGAGGCAGACCGACGCCUCUCCGGUUAAAAACAAAACAAAACGAAAAAAAAAAAAAAUCGCUGCUGUGUAUUUAUAGUUAUAAAUUAAAGAAGUGCUUGGAUGGUUUACCACAACUUAAGCAUGAGCUUAAAUCACCAUGUGCCCAUUUUUACCUGCACAGUCACGAGACGGGGGAGGUUCACACACACCUGGCGUAACUGUAAAUGAACGGUGCUGAGAGCCACACACACACACACUCUCUCUCUCUCUGACUGACUGGCGGCCGUGUCCGGUUCCCCUCGUCUUCUCCCGCCCUCUCCCCUCUGUGUGGCGUCGCCUGUUCCGGGUCACCUGACCCUGCUUUAUAUUGACUGCGGGCACUUUGGUUCUGAACGGCAUAUCGGCCGUCCGGCGGUGUACACUACAGUGACACACACCUCGGAGAAGACACAAUCUGUUUAGCGCGACCAUUUUCAAGCCUUUUUUUUGUUUUUCUAACAUGGAAGAGAAACAACGCUGGUCUUCACGGUUGCUUUUCUCUCUUUUUUUUUUUUUCUUCUUCCGUUUUCUUUCACAGAAGACCAGAUGCGACUUUCUCCAGCUUCCUGUGUUCUGAAACAAACAAAAAAAAAAAAAAAUCUUCUCUCCAUUACUCAUGAAUGCAAAGAAAUACUCUUGGUGUGACUCGACGGAGAGAACCCUGUAUUGCUCUUUCCGAGAAUUUCUCUCAGUCCAAAAGAUCUUUGUAAGCCUCCACUGCUACCUGAAGAAAUGCAAUGUAUGUCGUUUGGCUCUGCAGAGGAGUCAAAUCACAGGGUAAAAACCUUUCAGUUCGGAGGACAAUAAACAUGUUUUUGGAUGGAAAUGAA